CUUACUUUGGAAGCUGGGCUGAUUUUACAGUGUUUUUGUCUCGGGGGAAAAAGUACUGACCAAAAACUAGAUUUUUUUUCGAGUUAAAACUGAUAAACCUUUUAUCUACCCUCCCCAGAAUUUGUGGAGGGUGAUUCAAAAGCCAAACAUUUUGACCUCUGCAAGUCACAAGUGAAAACAAAUGCUCAAUGGGAGAGGAACACUUGCAGCUGGGAAACUCAAACCAAACAUUAGGGUCUGAAUAUCUGCAGCUUUUGAAUGCGGAAGGAGAAAUGUUUGAGUGAAUUUUUGUGAGCGGAAACAGUUUCAAAUACAAAUGGGACUGGAAAAGAACCAAGUCUGUCACACAGCCUGAAUGAGAACUGACAGUGGAAAGAGCUUUAACUGUUACACAGACUGAAAGAAAUAAUCACACCAUUCACAGCAGGGGACAGACUGUGUGAACAAGGAUUCAAGUGAUUAACAAACCUGAAUAGACACAAGAACACCAGCACCAUGGAGAAACCAUGGAAUUGCGAGGCAUGUAGGAAGGGAUUUAAUUCCCAGUCCCAGUGGGAAAGUCACCAGUGCAUUGAGAUUGGGGAGAAACUUUGGACAUGUGGAGAGUGUGGAAAGAGAUUCAGUUACCCGUCCAAGCUGGAAAUUCAUCGUCGCAGUCACACCGGGGAGAGGCCGUUCACCUGCUCUGUGUGUGGGAAGGGUUUCGGUGAGUUGUCCACUCUGCAAAGACACCAGCGAGUGCACACUGGGGAGAGGCCAUUCACCUGCUCUCAAUGCAGGAAGGAAUUCACUUGUACGUCCAACCUCUUGACACACCAACGUGUUCACACCAGAGAGAAGCCAUUCGGUUGCACUGUGUGCGGGAAGGGUUUCACUCAGUCGUCCAACCUGCUGAGGCACCAGCGGGUCCAUGCUGGGGAGAAGCCGUUCUCUUGCUCCGUGCUUGAGAAGGGAUUCUGUGAGUCACCUGGCCUGCUGAAGCAGCAGGGCAGUCACACCAAAGGGAGGCCUUUCAAAUGCUCAGACUGUGGAGCUGGCUUUAAAAGCUGUAAGCACCUGACGGUCCACCAACGCAUUCACACUGAGGACAGGCCGUUCAGCUGCUCCCAUUGCACCAAGAGCUUUAGAAAAUCGUACAGCCUGCUGACGCACCAGCGGGUUCACACCGGGGAGAGGCCGUACACCUGCUCGGCGUGCGGCAAGGGAUUCACUCAGUCGUCCAACUUGCGGAUGCACCAGCGGGUCCACAACGGGGAAUAGUUGGUCACCAGCUCCAUGCGCGAGAAGAGAUUCGAAGGUUCACCCAUCCUGCGAACACACCACAGACUUGGUUCCAAGCGUGGUAGACGAUUCACUCAGUUCCGUGUGGCAGGUAUAGCAGUGAGGGACCUUUGUCAAUAGUUCUCACCACCAGGUGGGCUUUAAAAGAAUCAUAGAAUCCCUACAGUGCAUAAAGAGGCCUUUUGGCCCUCCGAACAGCAUCCAACUCAGACCCACCUCCCCCUACUCUAUCCCUGUAA